AUGUCGGCUGGAAUUGCUCAAGGACGUCUCCGAGAGGAACGAAAGAACUGGCGAAAGGACCAUCCUUAUGGCUUCUUUGCACGCCCUGAAUCAUCGGGAGAGGGAUCUUCCAAUAUCAUGAAAUGGAACGCUGGCGUCCCAGGGAAGGAAGGCACAGAUUGGGAGGGUGGAGUGUACAAAGUUGCCAUGGAGUUUAGCGCGGAUUAUCCAUCCAAGCCACCCAAGUGCAAGUUUGUGCCGCCUCUUUUUCAUCCCAAUGUGUAUCCAUCGGGAACGAUCUGUCUUUCUAUCCUUAACGAGGAAGAAGGGUGGCGACCAGCUAUCAGUAUCAAGCAGAUUCUGUUGGGAAUCCAAGAUCUGUUGGACGACCCUAACCCAGCCAGUCCAGCCAAAGUGAGGCCUUCAAUCUUUACAUGA